CCUGCUCGGGGCAGCUGCAGUUGGAGGUCGGGUUCCGCUCGCAGCUCCACUCCUGCUUUUCAGAACCGUCUGAAGAUCUGUGAGCCCCAGGGCUGUUAUAUCUUUGAGGGAUUUACUGGAAGCCCAGGGUGCCAUAGGUCCCGGCGUUCUGAGCUGUGCCUACGGAAGCAGGUCACCAUCGGCACCAGAAAGCUGGUACUGCGCCUGGCAGAGGGCUCUGGUGGAGUGUCAGAGAUGAGUGCCCUGCCCGUGGACCCGAAGGAGAGUGCAGGGCCUGCCGGAAGCACCUGGCCAACAGAGAUCAUCCCCCUGGGGCCUGGGGAGUCCGCCAGGGAGGUGGUCUGCAAGAAGAUCCGGGAGCUCUCCGAUUCACACCACAGAGACCCCUUCAUGGUGGCCGACCUGGGUGUGCUGGCCGGCCGCCAUCAGGCCUUCUGCCAGGCCCUGCCGAGGGUCACGCCCUUCUACGCCGUGAAGUGCAACAGCAGCCCCUGGGUGCUGCGCGUCCUGGCUGCCCUGGGCACCGGCUUCGACUGUGCCAGCCAGGUGGAGCUGGAGCAGGUUCUGGGCCUGGGUGUGGCCCCCUCACGCAUCAUCUAUGCCAAUCCCUGCAAGUCCAUCUCCAGCCUCCAGUAUGCUGCCUGCCACGGGGUGCAGCUCCUGACCUUCGACAGUGAGGAAGAGCUGGCCAAGGUGGCCCAGCACCACCCCGGGGCCAGGCUGGUCCUCCGGCUCUGGACCGAGGACAGCAAGAGCAUCUUCCCUCUGAGCGCCAAGUUUGGGGCCAGACUGGACAUGUGUGAACAUUUGCUCAAGGCGGCCCGAGACCUGGGGUUGGCUGUGGUCGGAGCCAGCUUCCACGUGGGCUCAAGCUGCCUGAACACCCACCUCUUCGAAAAGGCCAUUGCCGACUGCCAGCACAUCUUCGAGAUGGGCCGUGGGGUCGGGCACAAAAUGAACCUCCUGGAUAUUGGAGGGGGGUUCCCAGGAGCAGAGGGCUUGGAGCCUGUGUUUGAGGAGAUGGCGGGAGUGAUCCGCGCUGCCCUGGCCCGGGACUUCCCCACGGGGACCGGCGUUGAGGUCAUCGCGGAGCCUGGACGCUUCUACACGGAGUCUGUGUGCACGGCUGCCGUCAACAUCAUCGCCAAGAAGGCCGUGCUGGAGGACGGAGGCUGCCGGAAACUGUUGUAUUAUCUCAACGAGGGCCACUACGGCAUCUUCCGAGCCUGCAUCAGGGAGCCGGUCCCCAGGACGCCAAUAGUGGUGAAGGAGCUCAGCUCGAAGCCGCCCCUCUUCCCCUGCAUCCUCUAUGGCCCCACGUGCGAUGCCUUUGACAAGCUCUCCGAGCAGGAGGUGCAGCUGCCCGAACUGGAUGUGGGUGACUGGCUCAUCUUCCCCUCCAUGGGUGCCUACACUUGGGUCAUGAGCUCCACCUUCAAUGGCUUCCUGCCCGCCUCCAUCUGCUACGCCAUGGGACCCGAGUUCAGGAGCCUGCUGGAGACAGCACCUUAAGCUGGGACAUGGCGGAACAGACCUGCUCCAGGCUUCACCUGAUUUGACCCGUCCAAUCACCUCCUUCUGCAAAUGGUCCCCGCCAUCCACCAGCCAGUACCCCCAAUCUGAAUGCUGCCUCCACAACUCAGCCACGAUCAGAGGUGUUUCCAGCAUCCUCGUGCCAAAGAGAUUUCUCCCCGUGGACACCCGAGAAGGGGUGAGCUCCAGACGCCCCCUGAGGAAGCCAGAGGCCUCCGACGGCCUUCCGAUCCUGUGUGACUCACUCCUCUGCUCCCGCAUCCAGAAACGUUGGGGUGGAAACAACAGCCACUCCUGCCCCCUCAGAGGUCUCUGGAAGCAAAUACAAGUGGGCUUUAGGGAAA